AUGGCUCCUCCUAAGCUCUGUGAUAUAUCCGAAAUUCGACCUUAUUUGUUUCUUAGUGGAUUUGGUUGCGUUACCGAAAAAAAAUUAUCGGAACGUGGAAUAAAUUUCGUCAUUAAUGCGACCAAUAUUCCAAGAAUACGGCAAAUAGAAAAUGUUGAAUAUCUUGAUAUUCCUGUGGAUGAUAACGCUAUAGCGAAUAUUUCCAGUUAUUUUGAGCAAUCAACCGAAUUCAUCAAAAAUGCAAAACAGAAGGGUGGUAAAACUCUUGUUUAUUGCGCUGCUGGCGUAAGUAGAUCAGCAACAAUAUGUAUUAUCUAUUUGGUAAUGGAUGAAGGAUUAACGCUUCGAGAAGCGUACCAUGACGUUGUUCAACGACGACCAUUCAUCUCACCGAAUAUUGGAUUUUGGCGACAGAUGAUUGAAUUUGAAGAAAAGCUAAGGGGAAAAAGUAGUGUAAAUUUAUUACGUGGAAUGAGGAGACCUGUUCCCGAUGUUUAUUUGGUUAAACCCGCACCUAACGAGGAAUUGAAGGACUCUUUUUCGAUUGGUUUUUCAACUUAA